AUGUCUGGGUCAGGAGACUUGUACUCAGAGCGUGUCACCAACACUACCAAUCAAACAGAGAGAGAUUGCUCACAGUUUGGCCACGAGAAAGAGCUGGCCACCGUGGCAAUCGUGUGCUCUGCCAUCUCCCUGGUGGCCUCCCUAAUGGUCCUUGCCCUGGUGUGCGGGCUAAAGAAGUGCCACGUCCUCUCGCAGCGGCUCAUUCUCUACCUCGCGGUUGCCGCAAUCAUCAAGUCCCUCUCCUGGGGGCAGGUCCUGGUCCAUUUCAACCAGUUGCCAGUCAGCGGCCCACCUGCACAGUUCUGCACUGUAGCAGGAUACUUCCAGACUGUGGCCGGAUGGUUUGAGGCAAUGGCUGUCGCUUGCCUCUCAACCAACCUCCUCCUGAACAUGGUACUCACAAAAUCGCAAAAGUGGCUGGAGUUGGUUUACGUCGUCCUGAUAUUCAUCCUCCCGUUCACGCUCAUGUGGAUACCGUUUGUCACGAGAGCCUACGGACAGAUUGGUUUCUACUGUUGGAUCAGAGCCAAGACUGGCGACGGCUGUAGGCCGUUUCCAUUAGGAAUUGGUCUUCAGUUCCUCCUGUGGUACGUCCCACUGGCCGUGGCACUGGUCCACCUCCUGGCCCUCUACUGCCGAGUCAUGUGGAUCACCUCCAAACAGAGGAAACGGUGGGACGGAAACAGUAACCCGACAACCCUCAGGAACAAGCUAAAGACGAAAGACGUACGGAAGCUCAUCUGGUACCCUCUAGUCUACUUCCUGCUCUACCUGGUCCCUCUGGCCGCCCACCUCUCCCUGGUUCUCUUCACAAGAACCGUCUACUCCCUCUGGUUCGCGUCGGCCAUAACCCAGCCUCUCCAGGGAGGAUUCGCCGCCGUGGCAUUUGCACUAGACACGCAGACGGUGCGCCGGCUCCGGAGACAGAACCUCAAGGCCACAGUUCAAGGAAUGACUCAUUCGGUGGUCGUGGAGGACUACCCGACACAUCACGCACUGGAGGAUCAGACGUAUGAGCAGUCACAGCGCUCCUCUUCCACCUCCUGUUCCUCUGAGGAGGAGGAGGAAGAGGAAGACGGUGGACCCAGGGCCAGGAGAGGCAGAUACACCGAGUACUCUUUGUAA